AUGGAUGUGAUCUGCCAAGCCAAGUCUGGUAUGGGGAAGACAGCUGUGUUUGUGCUGGCAACGCUUCAGCAGAUCGAACCAGUAGCUGGGGAGGUAUCGGCGCUGAUCCUCUGCCACACCCGUGAACUCGCAUAUCAGAUCUGUAACGAGGUUCAGAGGUUUACCACAUACCUUCCCGAUGUCAAAGUCGCGGUCUUCUACGGUGGCGUGGCUAUCAAGACGCACAAGGAUAUGCUCAAGAACGAGUGCCCGCACAUUGUCGUCGGAACGCCCGGUCGUAUUCUCGAUCUUGCUCGGCAGAAGGAUCUUAACUUGAAGCACGUGCGCCACUUCAUUCUCGAUGAAUGCGACAAGAUGCUGGAGUCGCUUGAUAUGCGGAGGGAUGUUCAGGAGAUCUUCAAGCUUACUCCUCACGACAAGCAGGUCAUGAUGUUUUCCGCGACGCUCAGCAAGGAGAUUCGCCCCGUCUGCAAGAAGUUUAUGACCGAUCCUAUGGAGAUUUACGUUGAUGACGAAACGAAGCUGACACUUCAUGGUCUCGUUCAGCACUACAUUCAAUUGAAGGAGAACGAGAAAAACAGGAAGCUGAACGACCUUCUUGAUGCUCUCGACUUCAAUCAAGUUGUCAUAUUUGUCAAAUCGGUGAACCGCGCUGCUCAGCUGAACAAGCUUCUGGUGGAAUGCAAUUUCCCUGCGAUUUCCAUUCAUUCUCAGAUGACACAGGAGGAGAGGCUGACCCGCUACAAGGCGUUUAAGGAGGGACACAAGCGCAUUCUGGUGGCAACAGAUCUUGUGGGGCGUGGCAUUGACAUCGAGCGAGUCAAUAUCGUCAUCAACUACGACAUGCCUGAAAAUGCAGACACUUAUCUUCAUCGGGUUGGCCGUGCUGGUCGUUUUGGCACAAAGGGUCUAGCUAUCACUUUUGUGAGCUCAGAGGAGGAUUCGAAGAAGCUGGAUCAGGUUCAGUCACGGUUUGAAGUUGACAUCAAGGCCUUGCCAGAGCAGAUUGACACGUCUACGUACAUGCCUUCUUAG